CCUCAGCUGGGGGGGCGGGAGCUGAGGACGCCCCCUCCCCUGGAGGCGAUCCAGACCCCCUCCAUCCCAGGAACCCUGGAAGACCCCCGAAGUAUUGUUGUCCCCACCCUCCAGCCUGAGGUCGGGAGUUCAGGAGGCCCUUCCUCAGGAGGGGGAUCCAGGGGCUCCCUCUGGCCCCCUGGAGCCCAGCCACUUCCAGCUGUGGGAUUGUGGUUGGAGAUGUCCCUCCCCCCUCGGACAGAUCUGUUUGCUCCCCACCCCCAGCCUUGGGGUGGAUAGCUCGAGGCAUCACCUCCCCAUCAGGUAAUCCUGAGCUCCUUUUGCUCCCCAGAAGGGCUCCCAGCUAUUGUUUGUCCACCUGGCUUCCAACAUCCAGGCAUGAGGCUGGAAUUCUGGAUCUUUUCUCUAGGAGGGAACUAAAGGAUCCUGACACCCAUCCCCAUACCUCAGCCUUGGGAUCAGGAAUCUCCCUUUCCUAGGACAUGACCCAGGACCCCCCCCCCCCAGUAACCUAAGAGGGGCCCCAAGUAUUAUUUUGCUCCCUCCCUCCCCCAGGAGUUAGAAUUCAGGAUCUGCUAUGCAGGUGGGCAAACAGGUAUAACACCUGUCCCUACUCCCCUGGCUACGGGGUCUAUGGGCCUCCCUGUGCCCCAAUGUGUCCCACCAUAUUCCCUCAAUCCCUCUAGCUUUAGGAACUGGCAUUUGGAUACACAAGUGUUUUGACAGUCACUCCCAACCCUGAAAUGUGAGGUCUGGCAUUUACGUGCCUCUUCCCCAGCAAACAGGCUAGAGGUGCACCUGCCCUCCCCCAGUGAUGCAAGGGAAUUACCAGGUGUUGUUUGCCCCCCACUCAUCCCCCAGAUACCAACUUCAGAGCUCAGGAUGCUUCCUCUCCACAAGACAAGCCAGAGGUUGCCCUUGGUACUAGGAACUCCCAGAUAUGUCACCCCCAAUGAUGGGAAUGGAAUUUAGAUCAUGUACUUAGGACCGAGGCACUCGCCCUCUUCCCCCUGAGGGAUCACCAGUCAAGGGGGUAGGAACCCUGGACUCUGUCUCCUCCACAGGACCCAAGCUUCGCACCAGAGGAGGAGGAGCCCAAGAUGGAGAGAGGGGCAGAGCCCUGGAGCUGGGUACUGGAGACCUCUAGUGCUGGGUCCCCUGACUUCCAUCCAGAUCCUGCCCCAGAAGCAGCCAGCACCUCCACACCAGGGAUGCGGCGCUCGGUCCUGGUCAGGAACCCAGGCCACAAGGGCCCGAGGCCCACUUAUGAAGAGCUCGACUCCGACUCAGAGGACCUGGACCCCAACCCUGAAGAGCUGGGCCCAGUUUGUGAAGACCCAGAGCCUGACCCAGAAGACCUCAACACUGUCUCUGAAGACGUGGACCCCAGCUAUGAAGAUCUGGAGCCUGUCUCUGAAGAUCUGGACCCUGACGCUGACCCCGACGCGGAAGCUCCGAGCUCCAUCUCAGCCACUCGAGACUCGGAUCCCCAAGAUCUCGACCCCAUGUCUUCAAGUUUCGACCUCGAUCCAGACGUCAUCGGCCCUGUCCCCCUGGUUCUUGACCCUAACAACGAGCCCCUCAGCCCCACCGAAUCCCCAGACCUGGACUCCCUCUCGUCCGGCCUCACUGCCACUCCCGAGGUCCUGACCCCCAGCCCCGCGGUGCUCCCGGCCCCUGCCAGCCCUCCCCGGCCCUUCUCCUGCCCCGACUGCGGGCGAGCCUUCCGCCGCAGCUCGGGGCUGAGCCAGCACCGCCGCACCCACAGCGGCGAGAAGCCCUACCGCUGCCCCGACUGCGGCAAGUCGUUCAGCCACGGCGCCACGCUGGCCCAGCACCGCGGCAUCCACACGGGCGCGCGGCCCUACCAGUGCGCCGCCUGCGGCAAAGCGUUCGGCUGGCGCUCCACGCUGCUCAAGCACCGCAGCAGCCACAGCGGCGAGAAGCCGCACCACUGCCCGGUGUGCGGCAAGGCCUUCGGUCACGGCUCGCUGCUGGCGCAGCACCUGCGCACGCACGGCGGCCCGCGGCCCCACAAGUGCCCCGUGUGCGCCAAGGGCUUCGGGCAGGGCUCGGCGCUGCUGAAGCACCUGCGCACGCACACGGGCGAGCGGCCCUACCCGUGCCCGCAGUGCGGCAAGGCCUUCGGCCAGAGCUCGGCGCUGCUGCAGCACCAGCGCACGCACACGGCCGAGCGCCCGUACCGCUGUCCCCACUGCGGCAAGGCCUUCGGCCAGAGCUCCAACUUGCAGCACCACCUGCGCAUCCACACGGGCGAGCGGCCGUACGCCUGCCCCCACUGCUCCAAGGCCUUCGGGCAGAGCUCGGCGCUGCUGCAGCACCUGCACGUGCAUUCCGGGGAGCGCCCCUACCGCUGCCAGCUCUGCGGCAAGGCCUUUGGCCAAGCCUCCAGCCUCACCAAGCACAAGCGGGUGCACGAGGGCGCAGCGGCAGCCGCCGCCGCAGCUGCCGCUGCAGCCGCCGCCGCAGGCCUAGACCUCAGCCCUGCCUCGAUGUUGAGGCCAGGGCAGGUCUCCCUCCUGGGUCCUGAGGCCGUAUCUGUUCUCGGCUCUGGCCUGGGCCUCAGCCCUGGCCCCAGCUCUGGUCUUGGCUCUGACCCUGGCUCGGUGCUGGGCUCCCUCCCUAAUCCCAGCCCCAGAGCUGUCUCCGGCUCUGAAUCCACCCCCACCCCUGAGUCUGUUAAGUCUUCUGACCCUAAGCCUGGUCACAGCACCAAUCCUGACCUUGUGGCGGGCCCUGACCAGGAUCCAGUGCCCAGCCCCAGCCCCAACCCUGAGUCUCACCCUGAGCCCUGCUCUCCCGCCCAUGACACUGCCAGCCCAGUGCUCCCUACUGGCGAGAGUCCCGAGUGGGUGCAGGAGCAAGGGGCACUGCUGGGGCCGGAUGGCUGAAGUGGACGCCGACACUCACGGGGGCCUGGGGAAGUUGUGUGUCAUGCAGUUUAGUAAAAUCCUCCCACUGCCUCCUGG